UUCUCUUCUAGCACGCGAUACCAACAGCCCUACGCGCAACAGUGUCAAAUCUUUCUGCCUUCUCUCUACCAUCAUUGCCUGAAUUCCACCAUUUACAGACCUACCGUACCUCCUCUGCCAGUCCCAUCAUCUUGAAACAACACAACAAGCUGUCAUCAUGUCGGUUUGGUUUCCCCCAGAUGCUCCUCCGGACAGCCUGUCGAAAGUUCCACCCGAACAGUGGCUCAAGUGGAUGAGUAUUGUUCCGGACUCAAUCGGACCAGCUCCACACACUCUGAACAAUCCCGAGCGCGAAUGUGAGAUCAUCAAGGAUCACGAAUACACGGACCCCGACACCAAGGAAACAACGCUUCUGGAGGCGGGUAUGCAAGGCUGGGUCGUCCAGCAGCGGACCGACUCCAACGGAAAAGAAUGGGUUAAUGUACGCAUACACGGGGCCACCGAUAGCAAGGAAUUCAAGACACCAUGGGUCCCGCUGGAAAAGACCCGCGUGGGAGACAUCCAGAAGCGAGAGUGA